UGGAAGACGCCCUAAACAUGUAAACAAAAACCAACGCCAUUGAUAAGAGGACUUGACCUUUAUCUAAACGUCUACGAAAUCUUCUGUCAAUUUCCCGUCAUAUAAUGCGGCCGUCCCUGGUUAUUGGCUGAUCUGCUUUUAUGGCACCGCGUCCAGUCAUUGGCACCAUAAGCCCAGCAUUGGUGCCAUAAGCUUCUAUGGUGGGCUUAUGGCACCAUUUUUUGGUUAUCGGUGCCAUUUUUUGGAUAUCGGUGCCAAAGUUGUUAUCGGCACCGUAAGAGAGCCACCCUUACGAUAGAGUGGAACUGGUUUCUGAGCAAAACUGAACUGCACUUGAUUGGACGACAACCAUCAAUGAUUGGCUGCCUGGGUCAAUCUCGCAUGCGUCCGGCGGAGGAAUACCAAGCAACCCACAGCAGUAUCAGAAAGCGUGAUUUCUCCAAUCACUUUGGUACCCCCAUAGAACUAGGUUGUCGUCGCAUUGCAGCUUGUACUUGAAUUUUGCCACUAUGUUCAGCAUGGCUCCCAAACGUAAGAAGCCUACAUCCAAUGGAGGGGCUACUAAGAGGAGGAAAGCUAUAACUAUGGAGACAAAAUAUUACAUAAUUAAGCGUUCUGAAAAAGGCGAGACAAAUACUGAAAUUGGCCGUGCCCUUGGAUUGAACAGAACUACAGUUCAGUCUAUAGUCAAGGAUAAAGAACGUAUUUUGCAACACAUGGAAUGUGGUGCUUCUAUGAAGGCUGUCACUACUCAAGGUGCUACUACUAGAAUAGGCAAACAACAUAAUCCCAAUCUUGUGGCUAUGGAGAAGUUAUUGUUGGUCUGGCUCGAAGACCAAAUCCAACGACACGUUCCAGUGGGUAUUGCUUUGAUUCAGGAGAAGGCUAGGGAAUUGUACGAGGUAGUGGUGGAGAAGCAAGGGGAAGGUAGUGCAACCGAAUCGUUUGCAGCCAGCAGAGGCUGGUUUAAUCGUUUCAAGGUCCGUGCAAAUUUGCACAACCUUAAGUUGCAGGGUGAAGUCGCUAGUGCCGACGAGGAAGCAGCAGAAAGAUUUCCUGGUUGUCUUGCUGAAAUCAUCAGGGAAGGAGGCUAUACUGCUGAUCAGGUUUUCAGUGUGGAGGAGACAGGGUUAUUUUGGAAACGUAUGCCUAGUCGUACAUACAUAUCCAAGGAGGAGAAGACGGCACCGGGCCAUAAAGUCAGUAAGGAGAGACUGACUUUGCUUCUUGGGAGCAAUGCCAGUGGUGACUUCAAGCUGAAGCCCCUGUUAGUGUAUUUGGCUGAAAAUCCAAGGGCACUUAAUGGAAUUUUCAAGCCUCAGCUCCCUGUAAUUUGGAAGGCUAACAAGAAAGCCUGGGUCACUGAUGGUAUCUUUGAGGAAUGGUUUAAUGAUCACUUUGUACCAUCAGCUAAGAAGCAUUUGGAGGAGAAGGGUCAGGAAUUUAAGGUCCUGCUGGUGUUGAACACUGGCCCUGGUUACCCUAUUAAUUUGGGUGAGGUUUAUCCCGAAGUGGAGGUAGUCUACCUUCCACCUAAUACUACGUCGCUUCUGCAACCGAUGGGCCAGGGAGUCAUUGGUAGCUUCAAGGCUUACUACACCAGGAGGACAUUUCGCCAUGUCCUCAGUGUCACUGAAAAUAGUGGUGGCAAGUUGGAUGUCAGGCAAGUCUGGAAGACUUACAGUAUUUUAGAUGCUAUCAAGAACAUCGCAGCUGCUUGGAAUGAAGUCAAGAAAUCCAAUUUGAAUGGGGCCUGGAAGAAACUGUGUCCAAAUUUUGUGAUGAACUUUACAGAGUUUGAGAAGGGAGAGUCUCUCGAUGCCGUGAGAAGGAACAUCGUUCAGUAUAGCGAGAGGCUCAAUUUGGGGGUGGAAGCUGAAGACGUGAACGAGCUGCUGGAAUCCCACGGAGAGGAGUUGUCAGCCGAGGACCUCAUCGAGCUGGAGAAGCAGAUGAUCAGGGAGGAGGAGGAAGAGGCCCCAGCCCCAAAGCCCCCCAGGGCAUUAAAUGCUAAGAUUUUGUUACAAGGUUUGGCCCUCAUUGAGGAAGGGCUGUUCAUGAUAGGGGAACAAGACCCUAAUGUGGAAAGGUUCACGAAGUAUGAGAGAGAAAUUCAGGAUGCUAUAACCUUUUACAAGGAGACUGUGAAAAAGAAGCAGAUGAGAGAAAGCAUGCAAGCUCAACUAGAGAAUUUUGACUUCAAGAGCAAGUCUCCAGCACCACCUGCCAUUCUUAACCCAGAAGAAAUGUCCUAUCCUGAUUCCACUACACCUGAAAUAGUAGUAUUAUCUCCACCAACCUCUCCUGGUGUGAUGUAUCUCAAGACGAAAGAUAUGGCACACUGAAGAGUUAUGUCCACAAAAUCUGUUUGUAUUAUCUGCCAUGAGGGUGCAUCUGCAACUUGAAGACUUGUCAGCAACCUUUCAAUGUUACAAAAACUUCUGAACUGUUGUAAAGAGAGGGUGGCGUUAAGUCAGGCCAACCUGAAGAUCAUAACAGACCAUAUAGAAAGUUUGAACAAAACAGAUCAUGCUUCAGUGCAAUAUCAUAGUGAGUUUAGAAAAUCUUAUUGUUAGCAAGGCCAAAACUCGCAGACUUAAAACAAAUACAACAAAUUUAGCUAGCCCUGGUUGCUCUCGCCUUAAGAUCUGGGCGCCUAUCUAGUGAAGUAAAACUCCUGGCCCAAAAGGACCAAAACUGUCCAGAAAGCCAAGGCCUGUAUGUUUGCUUCAUGCAAAUUUUGUUCUGAUGAAGGUCCAGAAGCUCUGCAUCGUGUCUUCUCAGAUAACAUGGAGCACACUUUCUUAAACAUAAAACUGGAAACUCGAAAUGAUCUUGUUAGGACUUCUCUGUCUGACUUGUUCCAAAAGAGAAAUGCAGCUGCACUUGAUAAACACUACCACCGAUAUUGCUUGCAGUAUGCAAAGCGCACCUGUAAUCGAGCAAACGUUGAUGACGUGAGUGUUAUCCUUACCCCGUGUGAUGAAGAGUCCUCCUCAUUGUUUAAAACACCCUUGUUAGUGACGAUGUCUCUGUUACCAUGGCUGAACUGAAUGAUGAAUACCUCUCAGUUUUGGAGAGAUAUCAAGUACAAGUUAGUAGCACAGGAAACUACCGUAAGCACCUGAAAAAUCUAAUUACUGAGUGCCUUCUGAACGUCCGUGUCGAGAAACCAGUUUGAAAUAAUGAGCCCGAAAAGGUCCCAAGCAACACUGAGCAAGGCAAUUAAGUCUUCAGAGCAUGAUAGUGGGGAACUCAUUGGAAAUUUAAAGAACAUAGCUGACAUUUUGCGAGAGGAGAUGCUCCAAUGCAGGGGAUGGUCUUUCAAAGACAGCUUUGAAGACUUUGAAAAUCCUCCACUACUUCAGUUCUUUGUUGGGCACCUUCUUUUCGGCAAGCAUGUUCUCAAGAUGUCAAAGAGCCGCAACCAAGAGGUACACAAAAUCAGUGAUGUAGCAUGCCAGUUUCUGG